CGCAGGAUGGCGGAGCCGCCGGCCGCGCCCGGGUCGGAGGGCGAGGAGGGCCCGGUCCGCUUCGCCCGAAAGGGGGCCCUGAGGCAGAAGAACGUGCACGAGGUGAAGAACCACAAGUUCACGGCCCGGUUCUUCAAGCAGCCCACCUUCUGCAGCCACUGCACCGACUUCAUCUGGGGGUUUGGGAAGCAAGGAUUCCAGUGUCAAGUUUGCUGCUUCGUUGUACACAAGCGGUGCCAUGAAUUUGUUACUUUCUCCUGCCCGGGUGCUGAUAAAGGUCCUGCUUCUGAUGAUCCAAGGAGUAAGCACAAAUUUAAAAUCCACACGUAUUCCAGUCCCACCUUCUGUGACCACUGUGGCUCAUUACUCUAUGGACUCAUUCACCAAGGGAUGAAAUGUGACACCUGUAUGAUGAAUGUCCACAAACGCUGUGUGAUGAACGUCCCGAGCCUAUGUGGAACGGACCACACUGAGCGCAGGGGACGGAUAUACAUCAAGGCGGAUAUAGAAAAAGAAGUUCUCACCGUUGUAGUAAGAGAUGCCAGAAACUUAGUUCCUAUGGACCCUAAUGGCUUGUCAGACCCUUAUGUGAAACUUAAGCUAAUCCCUGACCCAAAAAGUGAAAGCAAACAGAAGACCAAAACUAUAAAGUGCUCUCUGAAUCCUGAGUGGAAUGAGACUUUUAAAUUUCAGCUGAAAGAGUCGGACAAAGACAGACGGUUGUCAGUGGAGAUUUGGGACUGGGAUCUGACCAGCAGAAAUGAUUUCAUGGGGUCUUUGUCGUUUGGGAUUUCUGAGCUGCAGAAAGCAGGCGUUGAUGGAUGGUUUAAACUGCUGAGCCAGGAGGAGGGGGAAUACUUCAACGUCCCAGUUCCCCCCGAGGGAGAAGAAGGAAACGAGGAACUCAGGCAGAAGUUUGAGAGAGCCAGGAUUGGUCCAGGCGCCAAGGCAGCCGAGGAGAGGAUGACACAUGCGAUUUCCAAAUUUGACAACAAUGGAAACAGAGAUCGGAUGAAACUGUCAGAUUUUAAUUUCCUCAUGGUGCUGGGGAAAGGAAGCUUUGGAAAGGUCAUGCUCUCGGAAAGAAAAGGCACCGAUGAGCUCUAUGCAGUAAAGAUCCUGAAGAAGGAUGUCGUUAUUCAGGACGACGACGUGGAGUGCACGAUGGUUGAGAAGCGAGUCCUGGCUCUGGCUGGGAAGCCUCCGUUCCUAACACAGCUUCACUCCUGCUUUCAAACAAUGGAUCGCUUAUAUUUUGUGAUGGAAUACGUGAAUGGCGGGGACUUAAUGUAUCAGAUUCAACAGGUUGGCAGGUUUAAAGAGCCCCAUGCUGUAUUCUAUGCAGCAGAAAUUGCUAUUGGCCUAUUCUUCCUACAAAGCAAAGGCAUCAUUUAUCGAGACCUAAAGCUAGACAACGUGAUGCUGGAUAACGAGGGGCACAUAAAGAUUGCGGACUUCGGCAUGUGUAAGGAGAACAUCUGGGACGGAGCAACUACCAAGACCUUUUGCGGCACUCCUGACUACAUUGCACCCGAGAUAAUUGCUUAUCAGCCCUAUGGGAAGUCGGUGGAUUGGUGGGCAUUUGGAGUUCUGCUCUAUGAAAUGUUAGCUGGCCAGGCGCCCUUUGAAGGGGAAGAUGAAGAUGAACUUUUCCAGUCCAUUAUGGAGCACAACGUAGCCUAUCCCAAAUCCAUGUCCAAGGAGGCUGUGGCAAUCUGCAAAGGGCUAAUGACCAAGCACCCUGGCAAACGCCUGGGAUGUGGCCCUGAAGGGGAGCGGGACAUCAAGGAACAUGCCUUCUUCCGAUAUAUCGAUUGGGAGAAACUCGAGCGCAAAGAGGUUCAACCUCCGUUCAAGCCAAAGGCUAAAGACAAACGAGACACGUCCAACUUCGACAAAGAGUUCACCAGGCAGCCUGUGGAACUCACACCUACUGACAAACUCUUCAUCAUGAACCUGGAUCAGACCGAGUUUGCUGGAUUCUCCUAUACUAAUCCAGAAUUUGUCAUUAAUGUUUAGACAAGAUGCAAAUGCCACCUCCUGUGCUUGCAGUCCAAACCUUCAGAUCGCCAUGUAAAUAUCAACACUAGUCUUCCGGGAUUAACGGUGCAUACAUGUAUACAUACGCUCAUUUGAAAUGUGGAGAUAACUUUAUUUUAGGAGGCCUUUAUAUGUAUGUAUCACUUGCUAGCGUGGUUCCUACAUCUGGAAAUAUUUAGUUUGUGAGGUAACAGCCAGAGGUAAUACUUCUAGACACUACCAAUAAUGGUAACCAAUAGAAUUUUUAAACAGAUCUGAAUAUUGUCUCUAAAUACAAAAUUGCUACAGUCUUUGUAAUUUUUAAAAUCAGAUACUGAGAUUCUGGUAAACUUUUAAUUAUUCAAAAAUUGUUUCCUUGGAAUGCUAAGCGUGGUUGUUGUUUUAAACUGUUGUACUGCAGCUUGCAAUGACUGUGAAGUUGUCUUAGAAGCGCCUUUUGUUCAAGAAUUGAAAGUUGAAUUUGAUCAGUGUGAAGAAGUCUGCGUAUAGACACAUUUAUAUUUUUAAUGCAUUGUAUAUACAGUCACACUGGCUCAGUGAAGCUGGCUUCCUCGUUAGCCUCCUGUAAACGUGUGCAUUUCAAUACAAUAAUCAUUUUGUUCCUAUUACUCAGGCCUCACACUACCAAAUGAAUUUCAUUCUAGUUCUAGGAAAUCAGAACACGUGUUUUUCCUAAGUAAAAGGUGGGAUUUUUUUUAAACAUCUGCAACAGUUUGCAGUUUUGAUAUACUAUGACAACACUCUUAUAAAUCUUUCUCUUGUUUUUUUCACAGACACUGUUGAAAGUUAACAGCUCUGUAAAGGAUAUUAAUAUUCUACCAAAACACACACAUUUGCAAGCUCGGUUUACAGUUUAGCAACUGAAAAUAUGCCCAUUAGGAGAGGGCACUAUUGAGGGCUAUUUCUAAAGGUAACUUUUUUAUAGUGUACACCCUUUGCUAUUAUCUAGAUGCACAAUGUAAUUAAUUUUCCACAUGCCCCGGUUUACAUAGUUUUACUCCAAAUUUCUGUUUUCAAGGUUUUAUUUAGUAACCCAGGACCAGAUGUAUCAUUUUAGAAAUUCUAAAUUUUACAAAAAUAUUCCAGCUGAUAUUUUUAAUAAAUAAUUUCAAGAUGCAUGUAGCAACAUGCCAUAUGGAAGAGCAAAGCCAGUCAAGGUCAACUGCUAGUCCUUCAGCUGGCUAGCUAUUCUUACUCUUUCUUUAGGCACAAAUACAAGAAUUAAGUGUGUACAUUUGGAAACACUGAUUGUUAGUCUUGUCUCAUUGUAUGCAAGUUGGUUUGGUUUCCAAUAAUUUUUUUGUUUUUAAACAGUACCAAUUUGAAUAAAUGUGUAUUUACAUUAAUGAAUAUAGUGAAAAAUAGAGGCAGGAAUCUUAUGAGUUAUAUGGAAUCCUAUAGAGAAAAUAGUGGUUUGUAGGUCUUUUAUAAACCUCAAACUUUGCCUUUUGAAUGUUUUUUUUAAAAGGAUUUAAGGGAAAAAAGCUGCUAAAUACAAGGAACAACUGUUUUUAGCUCAUCCAUGGGCCAUGAAAAGUGUCCAAACAACCCUAGAUUACUCUGUUCCAUUCCUGAAUUUAAUGGAGGCCAGACAUGCUGCUUCUUUGGAGCACGGUGUAUUCUUGGUCUCCUUGAGCAUGCAAUGAUCUGUAUUUGAGGAGGCAAAAUUAAAAAAAAAAUAAAUUAAAACUGCAAAUUGUGCCAGAUCAGUUAGGAGGUACAUGGGGAACUUUGCAUAAUGCCACGACCAGGGAAGAUUUGGUUUGAAUUUAUUAUGAAAGUUCUCAUAACUGCGGCAUAUAUUGCAGAAGAUGCCUUAGUUUCUUCUGCAGAUCACAGCUGACUUGUGUUACUGUAACUGUCAAAUAUAUUGCUACAAAGUUAGUAUUACUUAAAUGGUGAAUGUUUUUUUUAAUUUGUCUCUCUUGUAUUUUAAAAUUUUAAUACCCUGCCACAUCCUGUUUGAUCGUGGAAUAUUGUGAUUUACUUUAUGGCAAGGAAGGUACCGUGGUAACUUUACCAUAUGCAAUUUUUUUACCUGCAGUCUAGAGAAGAGGCUUUUGUUUUAGACAUUUCGGGAUGUUUGAGUGACAAUUCUGCAUGGAGUGAGAUCUGCUUAAAAGCUAAAGAACACAGUCACCUUCUACCACAAGAACUUCCUACAGCUCCCAUCCUACAAACAGUUGCACAUGCGCUUAACUGUGCUCAUGGGAGUAGUCUGGGUUGCGCACCCGGGUAAAGCUAAGCACAUGUAUCAGUAACUGCAAGACCAGCACCUAAGCUCCCAGUCCUUGACCCCCCUUAGGCAAGGCCUGAUCCAGAGUCCAGUGAAGUCCAUGCAUAAAGCCUCAUCCGCUUCGCGGUCUGCCGGACCAGGCCUUUGAGUUUGUUUAUCCAGGCGCUGCCUGUCCUGCCACUGCCCAAAGAUUUUUUUCAAGGUUUGUUUUCAGACUGUUUUAUGGACACGUGUGAAAUGGAAAAAUCUGCCCAGCAGCUGACAUGCAGAUUUGUAAGGACGCUGCCAUGGAAGGACAAAGUGACAAGCCUUGACAUGGUUGACUCUGCUUGCUGCAGUUUGCUGACUGGAAAAAGAACCAGCACUUUGGGAGGAUCUUAACCACUGAGAGACUUCAGACAAGCCCUGCCAGCACUCAUGUGUGCUGCGGUCUGAAUAACACUGUGUAAAAAUGACAGCGGGACAGGUGGCCCCCUUGGAAUGCACGUUGGCAUGGCUCCGUCAGAGACCAAGAGUGCAGGCUGGAGGGAGGCAUGGAAAGAGAAGAGUCUAGAAAUAUGAUGGCAAGGAUGCUCAAAGGGGUGUCCCGUGAGCCUGAGACUAAAAGAGGAGGACUCCACACUGGAAAGCAGGGAGAUCCUGACAGGUCACUCAACCAGAGGAAUAAUUCUCCAGGGGAAUUUACUAUGGUGAAGGAAGAUCCCCUUCCACCUCUGUAAGUGUCUACAUGACUAACAGCAGCACACCUGGGCCACUGCCGCCUUUCUAGUGUAAAUGUCAGAGGGUUAGAUUUCAUAUGUAGAACAGUCUAGCAGAGGCAGGGCUGAAUUAAGAGUCAUAGUGAUGAUCAGAGCCUGAUGCUGGUCUCUCACUGGAUUUACACUGGUGAUUUCAUUGGUGCCACCCCUGAUUUACCCCAGGGUAAUUUACCUCCUGUGGCUCUCCAGGAGGCAGCCUGGUGAUGUCAGGAUGGGGUGCACUGCCCUCUUUAGAGAGAGUGCUGUGUAAUCGCUGCUUCUGGACGGGGAGCAGGAAGUGCUCCGAGAGAGAAGUGUCUAAAGCUGGCAGCCAGGCUGAGCAGACUGUUGGGUGAGCUGCUCCUGUGUUCAAAGGCUGAUGUCUUUCUGAACCCCAAGAUUACUGUAAAGGAGGUGAGCCCUCACUCCUCUGCCUGUGCAUGGAAUCUGGACCUUUGAACAUCACAGGCACGGGGCGUCCAGGGAACUCAGGUGGUUUCGCUAUUUUCUGUUUGCCCCUUAUGUUGGUCUAUGGCCCAUUGGUCAGCGUCUGUGUAAAUCAGGCCCCUAAGAGGCAUUACCCAGAACUGUCCCAAAAUGGAGCCUUGAGCAGGUCAUGCAUUCAGCACUGUGUUUAGCUGGUGUCUCCCUGUGGUUGUUGGGUAGUUGUAUGCAAAGUAGAACAUAUGCAGAUUGAGCUCAGGUACAGCAGCUGUUGAGGCAGGGCUGCUUUGCUUUUUCAAGCUUCAUUUCCCAACGUUCAUAUUUACAUCAGAGCAAAGAUUUCACCAGCCCUGAUGCUAUUUAGUUUGUUUUUAGAAAAACAGCGGAGAAGUAAAACCGCCUCUCUCUGCUUUUUAAAAUCUGGCUCGUUUAAACUGCCGCUGCAGUGGGUUUGGUUCCAAGAGGCCAAGGUUCUGAGUCUCUCACUCGGGGAGAAAUCGGGAUGUUCAGGGUUUAAUUCGCUUUGAUUUGUAAGUGUAGAAUCUAAACUGGACUCGAGAGCAUUGCUCUAAUUGGUGUCAUGUUGGAUUGAUGCUGAUAGUGGGCAUGUCAGUGAGCGUGUUUCAAGCAUGCCUGUGUUUUGCUGCAGGAGUUUCCAGUGUUGUGCGUAUGCUGCUGAUGUGCCGGGCAGUUAGCGCUAGCCAUAAACAUGCUGCUUCCCCCUCUGCUAUUUGUGCCAAUGUUUGUUUGGUUUUGUUUUAAUGUGCCUGGCUUAGGCACAGGGACAAUCUGUUUUAAAAAGACAAAAAAGGACCUGGCACCAAAAUCCAGGUUAAGACCCUCCCAUCCCACCAAACUUUUCCCUCUGGGCUUAGUCUGUCCCCAUGAGAUACAAGUGUAUGGCCAGGACCCACCAUGAUCUCAAGUCAGGUGUAGGAGCGUUUUACAUCAGGAUUCUCAUUUCCUCUCUCUGAUCACCCCCGCCCCAGCACAUGGCCUCACAACUAACGUACAGCCCUGGGGGCAGACUGAGAUUCCCCAGCUCCCUGCCAUAUGCAAAGCUUCUCUGAUAGGAGAAUGGUCCAGAGGUUACCCCUGGUGCUCACUGGAGAGACCAGGGUUCAGGUCCAUGCUCCACCACAGAUUGCAACCAGGUGUGGAUUUUUACAAAGUGAUUUGUGUCACCAGACACCGGACAUGAUUCUCCCUUGCACAUGCCUUUUGCAUCAUCAUUUACACCUGUGCAAUUUAGAUGUGAAUACUGCUGGCUCAGAAAUGGUGCUUACCCACAGCACACAGGUGUAAACGUAUACGUACAGCGCCAUGCGGAGGAGAACUGAGCACUGUGUGAGGGACUUAAUCUGCCACCUAAACCAAGUCCCUUCCACUUCCUUAGUUUCAGAGCUCAGCCUUGUCUGCACACAGAAAUGCCACCAAUCUAACCCAAAUUGUUUUUUAAAGUUACACCAGGGUACUGGCUGUAAGUGUAGCUCAUUUUGGUUUACGUUACUCUUGUUCCUAAUCCAUUUAAGUUUAUUCGUUAGAAGCCACUCUUAGAGCAUCCCCAUAGCCUUUUGCACAGGUUUAACUAAAUCGAAUUUAAAUUCCAUCUUUAAACCAACGCAGCUUUGUGUGUCACCAGAUUCGUAGCCAGGGAUGAGAUCUCAAAGGGGAUGUGGGCCGUAAAUAUUCCCUGAUGAGCAUAUUGAGCCCAGGAACUCCGGUGCAAAUGGGAUCAGUGUGACGAUGGCUUUUAGCAGGAUAGAUACUGUGCAAAUGACUGGGCUCAUGUUGUUUUAGCUUCUAGAAUUACCUCGAGCAAACAAAUGCUGCAGCUUCUCUGCUUCUGCAGUAGCAGUUGUGCCCUUGAGCUUGUAAUUGGUGGGAGAAACCCCAAGCAACAUGCUCCAUGCAUGGAAAUGUCCUCAGAAUUCCAAGUCGGUUCUUUUUAGGAUCGUGUUCCAAGUGGCAAUUAAAACAACCAACCACAAAAUUGAAAACUGCCUUUGUUAAUCAGUUUGUGUUUGAAUUUAAUUUCACCUGCAAGUAUCUGACAAGUUUUCUACACCAUGUAAUACCUGCUGUGUGUUUGUCAAAAGAUUCUCCUAAAUACCUACUUUUAGAUGGACAUAUAAUCUUUAUUCUAUUUGCUGCAUG